GUUCAGUGAAUAAGAUCGUGUAAAUUUAUCUUUAGUAUUAUUUUUGUAUUUUCUGUUGUGAUAUUUGAAAUUAAUCAUGCCUCGAAGACCAAGGAAAACCCGAAAUAUUGCUAUAAAUUUCAGUGAAUAUAAAUAUCUUCCAACUACUUAUAUUUCGACACGAGACAUCAACAACAAUGCAAAAACAGGAAAUGUGAUGAAAGCUGAAUGCGAGUUUGACUAUCCAGCAGAGAAAAUUACGAUGACCUACUAUUCUGGCCAUCUUAUUUUUCAACCGAAGAAAAUCAGCGUUUACUUCAAAAAGAAAUUGUUUUGGAACGAAAAGAUUUUAUUCAACACAAAUGUUAAAGCUAACGAAGACUUUCGCAUCACAAUAUUCUUUAGAAAAAUUCCAAUUGAUUUCUUUGACUUCUCUGAUGAUCGAAUAUUUACUUUCCUCUUCGAAUUUAACGCUUUGAAUGAAUCAUUAUUCACAACAAUCUACGAAGUUAAGUUACCAGUUUUAAAACUAAAUGAACUGCGUUAUAAGGCACCGGGUGUGACAUUUCCUAAUCCUACCGUUAGAGCAAUGUGCAGGCAACAAUUCAAAAUGAACGAGGAUAACUCAGAAGAGGAAAUUCAAAAAGUCAUAAUUCUUGAAGAAUUUCGUAUCCUCCCACUUGUUGAACGAUAUAAAGCUUUUGGAUAUGUUGAGAUGACGAAUUUAUUCCUCGAUAUUGAAAACUCUUUUGAAUUGGAUUUGCUGGGAAAGCUCACGAUAAAUAAUUCAUCGGUUUAUCAGAUUAGUGUUAUCUUUUAUAAGAUUGACACUCCUGGUCAGAUCCCUCGUGCUGCUAGCUCAGUUUGUUUGACACCAAUGGAAGCGUUAUCGUCAGGCCUUGACUCAACAGAAAUAAAGAAAUUACAAAUUUCCUGUCCAAUCGUUGGAUAUCAUCCAAAAUAUGUUUUGGUUGAAAUAAAACGAAAAGCUAAAAUGAUUGAAUCAAGAAUCAAAGCAAAGGAAAGAUUUCGUGUUGAAUUUUGCCCAAACUUUGCAUCUAGUGCAGCAGCACAAAGAUCUUUAAGAUCCAUAGAAAGUAACAAGUUUAAACAUUUUUUUUUGGAUUUUAAAAGAAUUUCUCUACCUAUGAAAGCGAAGAAUUCAAAAAACUGUGAUGAAAAGUUUAAAAUCGUCCAAUGGAUGAAUGAAAAAGUUAAAUCAAGUCAUUCACAAAUGCAGGCUGUGAUAAAUAUAGUCAACCGAUCAAGUUUCCCGUCUCCUUAUAUCGUUUUUGGCCCACCAGGAACUGGCAAGACGAGUACGCUUGUUGAAGCUGUAGCUCAAAUAGUUAAACUUCAACCAUCAGCGAAAAUUCUCAUCACUGUCAACUCAAAUUCUGCGUGUGAUGAAGUCGGUCAACGUUUAUUGGCAUUUAUGGGAAUCAACAAAUUAUUUCGCUUUUAUUCGCCUUAUUUCUCAACGAAAAUGAAUCGCGUUCAUCCCAAACUCAAAUGCUGUUCGAAUCUUAAGCGCAGUUAUCACAUUGCACCAUCGAAACAGGAAUUUGAAAGUUAUAAUGUCAUCAUUUGUACAUUGGUCACUUCAGCAAGACUUCGACACAUGAAUUCAUCUCACUUUGAUUACAUUUUUGUUGAUGAAUGUGCAAGUUCAGCUGAAGCUUUCGUGACAAUUCCAAUAAGUAAUUCAAUCAGCAACAUUGCAUAUUUUAAAGCUUUAAUUGUUCUUCUUGGUGAUCCAAAACAACUCGGACAAAUUCUUAGAACUUUUCAUUCGGAACGUUACGGAUUCAAUUUAAGUAUGAUGGAACGUGUGAUGAAGAUGAAAGCUUACGAGUUUGGCGACAAUGGUUACGAUUCAAACUUCAUCGUUCAAUUGACUGACAAUUUUCGUUCUCAUGUUUCAAUUCUUGAUUAUUCAAACAAACAAUUUUACAACUCAAUCUUGAAAGCGAAACAAGCAGACAACAUUGCCAACUUUGCAAUUGGCUGGCGAAUGUUGCCGAAUCCUAAAGUUCCAGUUAUAUUCCAUGCAAGUUGGACGCCAAGUUCCGAUGAAAAUACGAGUAAAUUCAAUACCGGUGACAUUUCUAUUGUUAUUAAUUAUGUCAGAAAUUUAUUAAAACAUGGAAUAAAUGGUAAGAAAGUUUCUAUGGGCGACAUUGGAAUUAUCAGUCCUUAUGCUGCUCAAAGGGAACGUCUGCAAGAAAUUUUUCCAAGUGGACUUGAGAUUGGAACUGUUGAAUAUUUCCAAGGUCGAGAGAAGUUAAUUAUAAUACUUUCAUGUGUCAGAUCAAAAACUCCAACUGUUGGAUUUCUCAAGAACGAAAAGCGAUUGAAUGUCGCAUUGACACGAGCUAAAGCGUUAUUGAUCGUUGUUGGAAAUCCUGAGACACUCGGAAAAAAUGAGUUUUGGCGGAAAUUUAUUAAAUUAUGCCGUGAUCAGAAAGCAACUGUUGGAAAAAUUCCUAAUUGGCUGUGGAGUAAAGACAAAAGUCCGACAGAUACAGAAGAGGACAAAGAUGAGAUCAUUCGACUUGAAGAAAUGAUGAAUGAUUUGGGAAUGGAAGAUUAAAACAGCAACAAACAUUGAAAGAUUUUAAGUCAUAUUUCAGUUAUUGUUGUGUCUUAAAAUGUGCCUUAUAAGAUUUGUAAUUUGAUUCAUAAAAUGCAAAAAGAUUUCUUAUCGAACAAAAUAAAAUAAUUUUUAUAAAUAUAUCGAAAAUCUUCUUUUUACA